AUGGAGAAGAAAUUAUUAAAAUUAUAUUAUACUAUUGAUGAUAGAAAAGAUAAAUACAUUGAAAGAUUAAAACAAUUCAUUGCAAUUAAAAGUAUUUCUGAAGAGAAAACUCAUCGUUUAGAUGUUGUCAAAGCAUUAAGAUGGAUUGCAUUUAAAUUAUUAAAACUAGGUGCAGAUGUACGCAUGAAACGUGCUGGACGAGAGAAUAUUUACACUGGUGAUGAAAUACCCCUGACUAAGACAGAUGAACUAGAGUUACCAGAUAUUGUGAUUGCAGCUAUUGGAAAAGAUAAAACAAAACGCACUCUAUUGAUUUAUGGUCAUGUUGAUGUCAAACCAGUGUAUGAAUCAGAACAAUGGACACAUGAUCCAUUCGAUAUGCAAAUUAAAAAUGGUUAUCUACACGGACGUGGAGUAACCGAUGAUAAAGGACCAUUAUUAGGUUGGAUUAAUGUAAUUGAAGCAUUUCAGAAAACUAAUAUCCCUUUACCAAUUAACAUAAAAUUCGUUAUUGAAGGUAUGGAAGAGGUUGGAUCAGAAGGUUUAUCUGAUGUAUUAAAUAUUUUAUCACUGGGAUUUUUCAAAAAUGUGAAUUAUGUUGCAAUAUCAGAUAAUUAUUGGCUUGGACAAACAACUCCAUGUUUAACCUAUGGUCUUCGUGGUGUUGUUUACUUUUAUAUAACUGUUGAAGGCGCCAGUCGUAUAUUACACUCUGGAUGUCAUGGUGGAGCCAUUUAUGAACCAUUAGCUGAUUUAAAUUAUUUAUUAAAUUCGCUAACAGAUAAUCAAGGCAAUAUUUUAGUACCUGGUAUAUAUGAUGAAGUAAAAGAGAUUGAUCCAGAGGAAAUAAAACGUUUUGAAAAGUUAAAUUUUGACCUGCCUACCUAUCAAAGGCACAUCACAACACCGGGCUUACUAACAUAUGACAAAGUUGACAUAUUACGACGUCGAUGGUGUCUACCGUCUUUAUCAAUUCAUGGAAUAGAACAUUCAUUUGAUAAACCAGGUGCUCCAACAUUAAUCCCUAGAAAGGUAAUGGGUAAAUUUUCUAUACGAAUUGUACCAGAUCAACCGCCUAAAUUAAUUGCUUCAAAAGUUAUCAGUUACCUGAGAGCAGUUCAUCAAUUACGCAGAUCAUCAAAUCGACUAGAUAUUAAAGUAUUUCGAGAUGGUCGACCAUUUCUAGGUGAUCAUACAAGUCCUAAUUAUAUUGCAGCCUAUCGGGCAAUUCAGAAAGUAUGGAAAGUACCACCAGACUUAACACGUGAUGGUGCUUCAAUUCCAGCAGCUUUAGCAUUAGAAGAAUCAACUCGACGUGAUGUAGUCCUUAUCCCAAUGGGACAAAGUUUAGAUUAUCAACAUGAAGGGAAUGAAAGACUAUCCAUUGAAAACUAUAUCAAUGGGAUGAAAGUAUUCGCUGCAUACUUUUAUGAAUUAGCUGUAAUUGAAACAGAGAAUAGUGAAGAUGAAGAGAUUAGACAAACGGCAAGAGAUCAGUGGAGAGCUAAAAUGUUAUGA